GUUGACUACAACGAUAGUAUGAUGACGAUUUAUUCAAUCAUAUAGUUGUCUAGUAAAUUACACCACUUUUAACUAACGCCAUACAUCAAAGUGAGAAUUGGACAUUGAAUAUUGAAAGCUAAAUUUUAAUUAACCUUGUUGUCACAUUAGAUUGUUUGUUUCAUCACAGUGUUGAGAAGAUAAAAAAAAACAGUCAUGGAGAAAUUACAACAACUUUUACAACAACAACAGCAACAACAACAACAAAUACAAAAUCAAUUGUAUCAAAAUUCUUUCAGGAAAGAUGAACAACCUCCUCGAGAAGAAGACGAAGAAGAAGAAGAAGAAGAAGAGAUGGGAGAAGAAGAUAUCGAGGAAGAAGAUGAAUCAUUACAAGAAUUCUUACAACCUCAAUCACAACAACAACAACAACAACAACAAUCACAGGAGCAGCAAUCACGCAGAUCAUCUAAACCUGAGCUUCCAGCAGCACAGGAACAAUUACUUCAACAGAAAUUGUCUGAAUUACAAUCCUCACAGAGUAAAAAACAACAAGCCCCUGCACCACCAGUCCUGCAACAACAAGAACCGAAGAAACCUGAGUUUUCAGUCCGUCAUCAACCAAUACCCCAACCUGUAUCCCAGCAGCAGCAACCGUCGCAACAAGGACAGAAGUCACAAGCACCACCACCACCACCAGCACAACAACAACCUGCAGCUAUGUUAAAUGGUGAUCAUUUAAAGCAUGAAUCUGACUUGACAAAACCUCCUUCAAUUCAAGUGAGUCAAUUCGACAGAAAAUUUCGAAAUUCAUGGCGUAAAUCACCAGAGGAUUUUACAGCGAAACAGCAACAACAACAACAGCAAAUGGUAACGAAGAAAGCCAGUAAAUUAUCAGAGAAUGAUAUUAGUUCACAAGCAGAUGAAGAGGGAGAAGAAGGCGAUAUUACAGAAGAUGAUGUUUACAGGCUACACGAUGAAUUAGAACAUGCUCAUUUACAGAAUAAUGAAAUGAAAAAAGCCUUGAAUGAAGCACGUACAAUUAUUGAUCAACAACAAAAUCAACUGACGGAAUUUCGUCGAUUAGCUGCACAAUAUCAAACAGAUACAGAAGCUUUUAAAAUGAAAAGUAUGUUUCUGUUGAAUAAUACACAAACACGUGAUGAACAAGUCACUGUGUUAAUGGAGGCAUGUGAACGUUUAGAAGCUGAAAUUGACGCUUUAACUUGGCAAUUAGAUCAAGCUAAGCAUUCACUAGACUUAAAAACACAAGAAUGUGAUUUUCUCAAUGAACAGCUAGAUGAAAUUCAAUUGAAUGCUGGUAGUAAUAGUACUAUGAAUCACAAUCAUAUUCAUACUAAUAAUAAUAAUUUAAUGAACGGUCAUGGUCAUCAUGAUUCUGCUGAUCAUAUAAUUGCUGAGAAUAUGGAUAAAGCGAAUACGGGGACAGAUCAGUUGCGUUCAACACUAAGCACAGAGUAUCGAUCCAUUAUUGGUAAUAAUAAUAAUAAUCAUACAGGACAUAUGAAUACAAUGUCGACUGGAUUAAAUAUGAACGCUGCGAAUGAUUUAAGCCUACAUAUGGAGUUGCAAAAACUUCAAGAAGAAAUUGAAGUUUAUCGUAAAAAAGAAGAGGAUUGGGAAAAAAUACAUGUGGAACUGUUGCAAAGACAAAAAAUUCUUGAAGAAGAGAAAAAACAACAAGAACUGGUGAUUGGUCGAUUAGCCGGUGAACAGGUAGCGAAAAAUAAAGCUGAGAAUCCACAGGAUAAUGAUGUUGAAAAUGAUAUCCCACUUGAAAUAGUAGCAACAUUGAAUAAUUUACACGAAGAGAAAACCACAUGGAAGUUGUAUGCAUCAAGUUUAGUACGUAGUUUUGUUGAAAAUUGUGAAGAAUUUAUUCGUAAAACUCCGUAUAAUGAACCCUACUUUGAAAGUGACGGGGAACGUCGAUGGUAUACUUAUUCAAUGCAUUUACUUGAAAAUCUCUUACACGUGGCCCCAUAUAUGCUGGCUAAAAGUGAUUUAGACUUAUUAAAACGUACAGUAACAAAAACAACAACAAAAACAGCAUUUCAACAAAAAAGAAAUCCUUAUCUCUCUGGGGGUGGUGGUCAUGGUAGUAGUGUCAGUGAACCACAAUUAAUUACUACAUCAGAUUUCCCAUUGUCUGCAUCACAAAUACAAUUACAAAAUCGGAAUAUGAAUGUAGGACAGCUGACAACCUCUGAAUUUGCACAAUUAUCAGCGUCAUCAGUAUCACUAGCACCACCGAUGUUAGGACAAUCAUCGAUGCAACAACAAUCGAUGCUUGGACAAGAACAACAAUUAUUCACUCAGAUGUCUUAUCCAUCAGGAAUGUCCACACAGAAGAAUAUGUCUGAACGGGCGGCAAGAGCUGCAUCCAAGUCGAUUCCAGAUUUAUAUCGUAAGAAAAAACAAAGAUAAGCGCAUGAACAAGAUAUAAGAUAAGAACAAGUUGAAAUGUGCAACAUGCGAAAAUACCUAAAUUCAUAGAAUAAAUACAAAUGCACAUCAUUGUACAUAAAAUUAUCUAUCUUUAAAGUUCCAAGACAACAGAAACUGUAUAUAACUAAGGUUAUAUAUAUACACAUAUACAUACAUAUCAUACCUAGCUGAGUGAAUUUCACCAUAUAUCCACUUUAUCUGCCUUUUUUUCCGUAUUCCUGACAUAAAGUAAAGUGAACAAGUGCCUUUUUAUUAUACUUAAGAGAUAACAAUUCAUUUAUUUAUCUUGUGUACGUACAUAUUUGUUUCUGAGUUUUUUUAAUACUUUUCUAAGACUUAAGAAUUGUUUUUUCUUUCUUUAUCUUUCGCAAAGAAUAAAACAGUAUGGAUAGCCUGUGA